AUGUUCCCAAUCCCCGUGGAUGUUCCCAAUCCCCAUGGAUGUUCCCAAUCCCUGUCUCUCCCCUUCAGCGAGGGCAGCAACCUCACCCCAGCCCAUCACUACAACGACUUCCGGUUCAAAACCUACGCCCCCGUCGCCUUCCGCUACUUCCGGGAGCUCUUCGGGAUCCGCCCCGACGAUUACCUGUACUCCCUGUGCAGCGAGCCCCUCAUCGAGCUCUCCAACUCGGGCGCCAGCGGCUCCCUCUUCUACGUGUCCAGCGACGACGAGUUCAUCAUCAAAACCGUGCAGCACAAGGAGGCCGAGUUCCUGCAGAAGCUGCUGCCCGGCUACUACAUGAACCUGAACCAGAACCCCAGGACUCUCCUCCCCAAGUUUUACGGGCUCUACUGCGUCCAGGCGGGCGGGAAGAACAUCCGGAUCGUGGUGAUGAACAACCUCCUGCCCCGCUCGGUGAAGAUGCACCUCAAGUACGACCUCAAGGGCUCCACCUACAAGCGCAGGGCCUCCCAAAAGGAGAGGGAGAAGGUUUUCCCCACCUACAAGGACCUGGAUUUCAUGCAGGACGUCCCCGACGGGCUCUUCCUGGACUCGGACAUGUACAACGCCCUGUGCAAGACGCUGCAGAGGGACUGCUUGGUCCUGCAGAGCUUCAAGAUCAUGGAUUACAGUCUGCUGGUGGCCAUCCACAACAUGGACCUGGCGCAGCGGGAGCAGGGCCUGGCCGACGGCGCGGCCCCGGCCGACACGCGGCGCCCGGCGGCGCAGAAGGCCCUGUAUUCCACAGCCAUGGAAUCCAUCCAGGGAGAGGCCAGGAGAGGGGGAACCAUCGAGACUGACGACCAGAUGGGAGGAAUUCCAGCCCGGAAUUCCCGGGGGGAGAGGCUGCUGCUCUACAUCGGCAUCAUCGACGUGUUGCAGUCCUACAGGUUUGUGAAGAAGUUGGAGCACUCCUGGAAGGCCCUGGUGCACGAUGGGGACACAGUCUCUGUGCACAGGCCCAGCUUUUAUGCUGAGAGGUUCCAACGUUUCAUGUGCAACACGGUCUUCAAGAAAAUCCCACUGAAACCCUCCCCUUCCAAGAAGAGCCGGAGCGGGCCCGCGAUUCCCAGACGGAGCUGCCAGGGGGGGAUCCCAGCCCAGCUCCACGGGGGCUCCGACCCCAAAGCACAAGUGACCACGGAGGCAGACGUGGAGCAAGGGUCCCACCUCGGCCGCCCGGAUCUCCUGCCCCGGACUCUGCCCGUGGACGAAGCCAACAGCGACUCGGUGGCCACCACCCUGUCCACGUCCUCCCUGGGCAGUGGGGGCCUCAAUUCCCCUGCCAACAGCGGCUCCCCCGGCCCCUCCAUCCCCGAGCGCUCCCUGGAGCUGAGGGAGCAGCUCCAGGACCUGCAGGAGACAGAGAUCAGCUUUUGAAUCUGCACCGACAGCGCCGCGAUGGACCCGGGUUUGUCCCCACAAACCCUCCUUUCUCCUCCCGUUUUUUAAAACUCUCCGGACAAAUUCCUGGAAGCUGGAAGGUCCUGGAUACAUCUGGGAUGGUGUUAAAGCCCCAGCUGAGCCUCCUGGGGCACCUGGAAGUCUCCUCACCACUCCCCCCCCCGUGGAUUCUCCUGCCUCGGAAUCCCGCUGGGAAGAGGAGGAGGAGGAGGAGGAGGAGGAUGGAGCUGCUCCAUAAAACCCUUUGGGAAAAGGGAUCUGACUUUUCAGGGAGUUACACCAUAAAAAAAAAAAAACCCUCCCUGGGGAAUUCCCAGUGGGAAAAAAGGGCAUUGGAGCCUCCUCAGUGCCAGAAGAAAACGGGAUUUCUUUUGUAUCUUCGACCAGGGUUUUUUUUUUUUAAUUUAAUUGCUCCUCCCAGAUCCAAUCCCGUCCCUUUUUUUAGUGCUGCAAGUCCAGGAAUUCUUAGGAUAUUUUAUUAAUAAAGUAGGGUUUGGUUUGGUUUUUUUUCCCAGUGUUUGCACCAGGAAACAUCCCGUGGGAGCAGAACCCAAGAAAAAAGCUCUUGGCCUCUCCUCCCUUCUCCACCUCCCAGGAUUUUUGGGAUCAGGGAGGAUUUGGGAAUCUCCCCGGUUUUUAAGCUCCUCCCUUCCUGGGAUUUGCAGGUGAAGGGGCACUUUUUUUAAAAGUUUUUCCUAAAAAAAAAAAACAACAAAAACCAAAACACCAAAAGAGGACCAAACCCACCUGCUCCAAUCCCUUCCCUGCCUCCCAUCCCUGUUUUUAUAACUCGGCUCCUUUUGAUAUCCCACCUGGAUCCCAAUCGAAGCCAAAAUUCCCGAGGCCGAAACGGGACAGAAAUCCCAAAAAUUCCGGGUGUUUUUGAAGCUGAUUUUUUUUUAAAAAACAUUUUAUUUUAGGGGGUUUAAGAAGGAGGAGCUGCAAGGAGGGAUUUUCCUGCUGCCACGUGCCUCUGGAUCCCUUUGGACACCCCCUGAGUCUCUCCCAGAUCCCGGAGCAGACCUCGGACUCGGAUGUUUUAUUUUCACUUUAAAUGGUUGUUUUUUUAAAGGCAAAAAAAAAACCCCAA